UGGUUUUUUUCAUGCCGGGUGCGCUCUAGUUUCCGGGCCAGCCCGUUAGCUCGCUGCCUUUUCCACUUCUAUUUUUAAUUUUCCUUUUAAUCUCUCCCCAUUUCUCGUUAGGCGGCACUGAAAGGAUGGGAGUCCUUGCGAUUUCUUCUUCCUCCAUGGCCAAUCCGAGCUCUCCCUCUUCUCCAUCUUCAACAUUUCCACUCCAGUGGUUGUGAUUUCGGUUGGUGUGUAGUGGUUUGUCCUUGUCUUCUCCCUUUCCCUGUUCAAUUUUGGUGUUCCUGUCCCUUCCAGAUCUCGUAGUUUGGCUCGAUCCCCUGACGUUUGAUGUGGAUGAAGGUGCACGUAUUUUGAUUCCCCUGGUCCUUUUGUGGUGGAUGUAGUGGUAUGUGUUUGGAUCCCCCAGGCGUUUUGAUUCUGCUAGCACAUUUGACGUAGAUGUAUGUGCAGAUGGUUGAUCGCCCUGGCCUUUUUUGUUGUUAGAUGUAGUAGUGGGUGUUUGAUUCCCCUGGGCGUCUAAUUCCCCUUGCCCGUUUUGAUGUAGAUGUAUGUCUAGAGGCUUGAUUCCGCUGGAGUAGCAAAUAUGAGCUCUACCUCAUUCUCCCAUUGUCUCUGUGGAUGCAGGCGUUUGAUUCCUCUUGGCUAGGUUUUGAUUUCAGUGUGGAUUUGUGGUCUGUGUCGGUGGGGGUUGUGCUUCUUCAUGUUGAUUAUUGUGAUAAUUCUUUCUGAAAUUGUGAUCUAGUUAAGUGGAGUGCAGGUAGUGUUUUAGCCAAUUCUCCCCCCUCUGAACUCAUCUAUUUAGCCAUCUAUUUAGUUAAGUGAAGCAACCAAAUCUCUUUGGAUGUGUGUGUUUGCUGGCUUGCCUUCUUUUCUUUUGCUUAGUUAAUGUGUCUUUCAGUUAUUGUCUCUGUUCAUGCUUAUCUUUGCACAAAUAGUUGUUGCAACGGGCUAUUGGAACUUUAGAUGCGCACACUAUAUUAGUUUGUUUAAUGUUUAGCUUGGUGUUAUGUAGUACCUGUUUGUUCACUACAUUUGGAGUAUGGUUCUGGCUCACACUGUAUUUGUAAUUCUACUAUAAAUUUGCACUAUAAAUCUAUUGAAAUUAUACUGUUAAUCCACUGCAAUUACAUGUAAUUCUACCGUAUUUUUACACUGUAAUUCUAUUGUAAAUUGCACUGUAAAGCUACAAUAAAUUACAGUAUUGAUCUACUACAGUUACACCAUAAUUCUACAGUAUUGUUUACUUUGUAAUUCUGCUGUAAAUUACACUGUAAUUGAACUAUAAUAUAAUGUAUUUUCACUGUUAUUUAACUGUAAAUCAAUUGUAAAUUACAAUGUGAUUCAAACUGUAAAACUGUGAUCUUCUACUGUAAUUGAACUGCAGAAUGUUACACUCUAAAUUACACUAUAAGUUUUUUUACUCUUUUUCAACUCUUCCUUUUUGUCUGUCAUGUAAUCUGCUUAUAGGAUUAGUUUAAUGGGUAGACUACGGAAGGUUCUCACCAGGACAUUCCUGUAGUAUCAACUUUUGAAACUCCAGAUUCUUUCGAUGAACCUUUUGUGCCCAACAACUUUGUGGUUUAUGAUUCAUAUGAGUUGUCGUCGGUAGUUAUUCUUGUCUAUUUUUUUGUUAUUUUCCUCAUUUGUUUUAGUUCUUUGUUUUAGUUCAUUUUAAUUUGUUUAUUGGCUGUCUCUUUUUAUGCAGGAACUAUUUGUAGAUGAUGGCAACUUUUAGAAAGCUCUACUGAAGUUCUAUAUGAAUCAUUUGCGUGCUAUUUGUUUACUUGAAGUCCUUGCAUUUUUAUUUUGUUUUUCUUUACUUAUGCCUUUUCCACCUUCCUUUGGUUUACAGUCCUCUUCAUUCAUUUGUUAUUUUUUUCAGAAAGUAAAAUGUUUGAAAUGAAAGCUUUCAUGUGCUGGUACAAAGAAUGUGGUUAGUUGCAUCAAAUUCUUUUCAUAUCGUACUAGUCACUUCUUUUUUUAGGAAUUUACUUUAGUGUUACCUAUGUACUUAGACUAGUACUGUUUAUAAUCAUCUUCCACAGUAAUCUACCUUAGUUUUUUAUUUGUUUUCCCUUCUUGUUUCAUUUAGAGACAUAAGAGAUAUAGUGAUUUCCCUGUUUGUUCAACCUUUACUAGAUAUUCUGGGAAGUUCUUUUAUGUGGUGUUGUUGAUGGCUGUAUAAGCUUCGACGGCGCUUCCCGAUCGUUGGAGGUGGUAGUUAGGCGUGUCGUCACGGAGGGUAGAGCUUGGCAGCAGGCGAGCCUGUUGAAGGGUGAAGUAGAUAGCACGUUUGAACUUCUCGUGGGGUGGGCGGGCAGUGAGUAGUCCGGUAUUCCGCGUUCUGUAGGUGGAGCGGUGGGUUGUAUGCGUUGUGUUGAUGUUGAUGUAGCGUUUAACUCUAUGUAACAUCAACGGUGGUCGGGAUUCUUCCCCCCUUCUUCUAUACAAGAUGAUACGCACACUCGUGCGUAUUCGAGAAAGAAUGUUAUUCAGAGAUAUGGGAUGGAGUGUGUUCUUCAAAUCUUCAUUUUGUCAGAACUGAGGUCCCUGAAAGGCUUGUCAAAUGGAUUGCUACUAGGUUUGAUGUAUAUUGCAUUCAUUUUUAGAACCUUUUUUGGAGUUUACUGCUUAACUUGCAGUUUCACUAAAAGUGUAACUUCAGGGGCAAUCGACACUGUAAAUUCAGGUCAAUUACAAUUUGAGUGCAUUUGCUGUGUAAUUUGAGGGAUUUUACGUUAUAAAUUUAGGGAAAUUACUACUAUUAUUCAUGUGCAACAUUCAGUGUAUUUCGCAGGGCAAUUACUAUGCAAAUCAUAGAGAAAUUACAUUGUAAUUCGUGUGCAACUCACUGUAAGUCGCACGGCAGUUACAACGUACUUUUUAGGGCAAUUUUAUUUGGUUUGUCUUUGUUUUAUUGGUUUGUCUUUGUCGAGUAACAUUAUUUUUCUAGAUAGUUUUGGGGUUUUGUCAAUGUUAGAUAGCACUCUCUUACUGUGAAAAUUGCAAAUCUACAAAUUCACCGUAAAACUGUAAAUAUACUACUGUUAUUCAAUUGAUUUACUACUGUAAAUUACAAAUAAGGCUGACAAACUUACACUAAUUUACAGUGGUAAUCUACAGUUCUUACAGUGGUAAUAUGCAGCAGUUUUUUUUAAUAAUUUUGAAGGUGUACUCAUGCAAUCACAGUGUAAUUUUGCUCUUUUGUUAGUUUGCAAGAGUCAGCGUUUAUCUUGGGUUGCAACUGUUAGCGGUCAUUUUCUCUGCUUAUCAGUAUUUUUCACUGUAAUUCUUACUGGAUUUUUUAGUGUAAUUACUCUAUCUUAUCAUUUGAAUUUACACAGUAAUUCAUAGUGGAUUUUUUAGUGUUUUUUACUCUAUCUUGAUCAGUGAUUUUACACUAUAAAUCUUAGUGGAAUUGUAGUGUAAUUACUUAUAUUAUCAGUGAAUUUACACUAUAAAUCAUAGUGGAAUUUAAGUGUGAUGUUAACUGUAAUUUUUAGUGUGCUUUUGGUCUUUUGUUGGUUUGCUAGAGCUAUGGUUUGUCUUGGAUUCCACAUGCUAGUCUUUCAUAUGCUUAUUCAUUUAAAUUUUUAUUUCUUACUGUUUUGAUCUCUCCCUGGUUAUUGAUAUGAGGUAUUUCUUCAGCUGUUCCUGCAUCUUCAAAGGACUGUAGUCAACUUCCAUGUUAGGCUCCACCUCUGUAUAAACACCUCCCAAAUGUCCUCUCUUUUUUUUCCUACCUCUGUAAGACCAGAACUGUUUUUUGUUUUCAACUGUGUAAGACGAGAAAUUGUGAGGACAUCCAACCUUGAUCCUCUGUCUGACCAAGUUAACAUUUUUACUGAGAGCCACGAAAGCAUUUUUACUUUUUACCUUUUCCUCUGCUGUUUUUUGCAGGAGCCUACGACCCCCUUGAUCCAACGGGCAACAUCACAAUCAGAUGGGAUGUGAGGAGCUGGGUUCCAGAUAGCUAUGUGGCUGAGGUUUCACUAUUCAACUAUCAGCAGUACCGCCACUUCAGCCACCGGGAUGGAAGCUCGGGUGGGUGUGGUCAAAGAAGGAGGUAAUCUGGUAUGUGCAAGGUGGACAGGCUACAGAGCAAGGUGAUUGCUCCAAAUUCAAAGAGAUUAUCCCUCACAGCUGCAAGGUGAACCCGGAGAUAGUCGACCUGCUUCCCGGGGCACCUUCCAAUAGGCAGAGGGCCAACUGCUGCAAAGGAGGAGUCCUCAGCUCACUGGCACAGUACCCUGCUAAUGCUGUGGCCUCCUUUGAGGUUGCAGUUGGUCGAUCAGGGACCACAACCAAGACCUUGGAAUUGCCUGUGAAUUUCACUCUGAAGGCCCCUGGUCCAGGGUAUACCUGUGGACCUGCAACCAAGUUAGAUGAACCUACAAAGUUCACUACACCAGAUGGAAGGAGGAAAACUCAAGCCCACAUGACAUGGACUGUGACUUGCACGUACUCGCCGUUUCGUGCUCUGAGAUCUACAUGCUGUUUAUCUCUGUCAGCAUUUUACAGCGACGUGCCUGUUACCUGCCCCAAAUGCUCAUGUGGCUGCCAAGAUAACAUUACAAAACCAGGAAUCUGCGUAGAGGGAAACUCACCUUAUCUUGGUUCUGUCAUGAAUGGUCAAGACAAGAACGGCUUGGCACCUCUGGUCCAAUGCACUACUCAUAUGUGCCCAAUAAGAGUUCAUUGGCAUGUGAAGGCUAACUACAAGGAGUACUGGAGAGCCAAGAUCACAGUGACAAACUUCAACUACCGGAUGAAUUACUCGCAGUGGAACCUAGUAGCUCAGCACCCUAAUUUCAACAGCUUGACUAGCAUUACCAGCUUCAACUACACAGCUCUGAACCCUUAUGGACUUAUAAAUGACACCGCUCUGUUAUGGGGCAUCAGGCACUACAAUGAUUAUCUCUUGACUGCUGGACCUGAUGGAUAUGUUCAAUCUGAGCUACUAUUCCGGAAGGACCCGUCAACUUUCACCUUGCGGGCAGGAUGGGCCUUUCCAAGAAGAGUGUACUUCAAUGGCGACAAGUGUGUGAUGCCACCUCCAGAUGCGUACCCGUGGCUGCCAAACACAUCCACGAAAUCAACCGUAUCAGUUAUCGUCCCAUUGGUUCUUUGGAUAUUGCUAGCUAAUCCCUACUUCUGAGAAGAAUGAAGAAUGCAAGUCACUGACACCCUGAUGCAUGUAAACGGUGCCCUCGUAGGCCCCCAGCGCAGCCCCCAGCGGGCAGAGCAGCCUCACCAGGAGGGCCCGGAGGCCGCUCCCGAAGUGUCAUCUGCUUCCACUACACCGCCAAGGGAGGAUUCCCCGGCAAGGGAGUGUUCUCCGGCAAGGGAAAAUUCUCCGGCAAGGGGUAGUCCUCCGGCAAGGGACAGCACCAACGAUCCUCCGGUGAUCUCGACCGCAGAUCUUAGCAUAGAUCCAUCUGCCACAGAGCCGAUGGAAAUUGAGGUCGCCGACGAGGAGAACGCGCGCAGCAGUGUUGACGACGCCGUCACCACCGAAGGAGAGGCCGGCGCUGAUGAUCCUGCUGGCGAAGAGGCCGCCAAGGCUGCCGCCGCAGAAGCCGGCGAGGGAUCUGGCGAUCGCACUGAUGGCCCUGAGGCCGCAGGAGCGCCAGGCGCUACGCCGACCGCUGAUCCCUCCGCCGCUGCUGCAGCGCCAGGCUUCGAAGAGCCCCAGCCCGGCGCCUAUCUGAAGGCCGGCGACGGCAUC